AUGUCGCUGAUGAGGAGCAUGAAAUUUGUGAUUGGAAAGAAGGCAACAGAGGAGGCCCAAGGCCUGUAUGACAUUGGUGAUAUGUGUCUAGAGGAGGAUGAAGAACAUUACCUGGUGGUGAUCCCUGCAGCUCUCCGGUACCCAUCCACCCAGGUUGCCUGCCUCCACAUCACCUGUCAUGAAGCAAAAAUUCAAGUGAAUCUGGCCUUGGAGCGCUCUGCAGGACGGGAGCUCUUGAUGCAAGAAACCAUCCAGAAGAAGAAGACUUUCCUGUGCACUAAGUUCUGGGUUGCCCCUCCAGCUGAUGGCACAGAGGAGGUUGCCACUGUAAAACUGACCAUCACAGGAGAUGGGGUCAAUGUUGAGGAGCAGAAAAAGGUCCUGAUCUGCGAGUCCAGGAAUGGCACCAUCAUCCAAACAGACAAGCCCAUCUACGAACCAGGGGAGACAGUGAAAUUUCGCAUUGUGACUCUGGAUGAGGAAUUCCUUGCACUCAAUGAUUCGGUAAGCUUGUGGGUGCAGGACCCUAAGAACAACCAGAUAGAGCAGUGGCAGAAGGUGGUCCCUCAGGAUGGCAUUGCAGAGCUGUCUUUCCAGCUGAGUGAGGAGCCCCUGCUGGGAACGUAUGUCAUCAACGUCACCAGCGCCAGAGCCUACGGCAGCUUCUCCGUCAAGGAGCGCGUGCUGCCAAAAUUUCAAGUGAUCUUUGAGGCCCCUAAUCAGAUUUAUGCACUAGAGGCAACCUUCCCGCUCCGGGUAUGUGGCAGAUACACUCGUGGGAAAAGCGUCCAGGGGAUGGUUCAUGUGAACCUUUGUCAGAAGAUAGCCCCGUUCCUGCCCAGUGCUUCCAAACCCGAUCUCUGUUACAAAUUCAGCAACCAGACGGAUGAGGCAGGCUGCUUCUCCACAAACGUGAGCCUGUCCUCCUUCAGCCGAGACUUUCGCUACUACCGGGACAGCAUAGCUGCAGAGGCCUCGCUGCUGGAGGAUGCCACAGAGAUACAGGUCAAUGCUUCCCACAAAUUACUCAUCUCCAGGAUUGGCGGGAUGGCCUUGUUUGAUGAUGUGAAUUCUUACUACCACCCUGGACAGAUGUACAGAGGAAAGAUUAAAGUAAUUGAUUACCGAGGCAAAGCACUGAAGAACAAAGAAGUCCUCCUUGUAGUAAACUGUGCUGAGCAGCAAUUUACGCAGAAGUACAUCACUGGGGACUCUGGAACAGCUUCAUUUAGCCUGGACACCUCUGCCUGGAACAGGACCUUGGUCUCCCUGGAGGCAAGUGUCCUGCAUCAAGAUUCAGACAGAGACCCUGGGACAGCUGACUUGAGUUACCAGCGAGCCUCUUAUUUCAUCCAUCCAUUCUACAGCACCAGCAGGAGCUUCCUCUCUAUCAUCCGUGUGCCAGAGACAAUGCCCUGUGGUAACACACAGUCUGUCCAGGUGGACUUCAAAAUUUAUGAGGAAGACCUGGAACAUGGGCCCAAGCGUGUCAUUUUCUCCUACUUUGUCACAGGGAAAAGAGGGAUAGUCCAUGCAGGUCAGCAGACUGUUUGGGUUGGGCUGCCAAGAAUGCUGGAAGGCUCCUUCUCCAUCCCUCUUACAUUCAGCUUGACCUAUGCUCCAGCUCCAAGACUUGUUGUUUACGUCAUCUUCCCUAAUGGAAAAAUCAUUGCUGAUUCUGCCAUCUUCAGUGUCUCCACGUGUUUCAGAAACAAGGUGGAGCUGAGCUUCUCCACGCCAGAGACUCUUCCUGGCUCACAGGUUGGCCUCCGCCUGCAGGCAGCUCCUGGCUCUACGUGUGCUGUCUGGGCUGUGGAUCCAAGCGCCUUUUGGAUGAAGCCAGGAAAAGAACUGAGCAGCCACUCGAUCUAUGGGCUGUUCCCAUCUGUUUAUAAUGCCAGGUAUCCUCGCCAAGUGUCUGAAGAUGAUCGUUCAUGUGGGCUCCCAAAUUCUGAUGAGCCUGAUGUGUUUACUGCAUUCAGGGAAAUGGGGUUGAAAAUUAUGUCCAACACCAAUAUCAAGAAACCCAGAGUAUGCCCAACCACUCCAUUGACAACUAUGCUGCAGGGAAGAGGAAUGUCUAUUUCCAGGCCCAUGUUGACAUUUGCCCAGCCCCAUAAAGUGUAUAACAGUAAGCAUUUGACAGCAUCAACCUAUCAGCCCACUAUGUUUCCACCUUUUUCUGCAGCUGAAGAGAAAGCACACAAGCGUUUUCACCAAACCUGGCUGUGGGAUUUGUAUUCCGUGGGCCUCAGUGGGAACAAGAGCAUCAAUGUCACUGUGCCUGAUGCCAUCACAGAAUGGAAAGCAGGAAUGUUCUGCACAGGACAGAACGGCUUUGGGUUUGCUCCAGCCUCCCGGCUGAUUGUUUCCAAGCCCUUUCUUGUGGAGCUGCCACUGCCAUCUUCUGUGGUCCAGGGUGAGACCUUCAACUUGAAGGCCACAGUCUCCAACAACCUGCAGCAAUGCAUGAGGAUCCAAGUGACCCUGGAGGAGUCUGCACACUUCCAGCUGAAGCCAUGCAAAGGCUGUGCCUACAGCAGCUGCUUGUGUGCUGGGGAAGCCAAGACCUUUCAGUGGAGUGUCACAGCUGAGCAGCUGGGGCUCAUGAACAUCACCCUCAGCGCAGAGGCUGUGGCCUCCAAAGAGCUCUGUGGUGAGGAGAUACCAUUUGUCCCAAAACAAGGACAGAAAGACACGAUCACCAAACUCAUUCAAGUCCGGCCAGAGGGAGUGUUGGUAGAAAAGGCUCACAGCUCCAUCCUGUGUCCCAAAAAAGGGAAUCCAGCAGAGGAGUCUGUGUCCCUGGUGCUGCCUCUAAAUGUGGUUGAAGGUUCAGUCAGAGCCACUGUCUCAGUCACUGGGGACCUCAUGGGGUUGGCACUGCAGAACCUGGACCACCUGGUGCAGCUGCCCCACGGCUGUGGGGAGCAGAACAUGGUGCUGUUUGCCCCCGUUGUCUAUGUGCUGCAGUACCUGGAGAAGACGAGGCAGCUGAGCCCUGAGAUCAAGGACAGGGCAGCAGGAUUCCUGCGCAACGGGUACCAGAUACAGCUGCAGUACCAGCACCCUGACGGCUCCUACAGUGAAUUUGGUACCAAGGAUGAGUAUGGUAAUACUUGGCUGACUGCAUUUGUGGUUAAAUGCUUUGUCCAAGCCAAGCCAUACAUUUACCUGGACAACCGGAUUAUCCAGGCUGCUCUCAGCUGGCUGGAAUUCCACCAGCUUCCCAGUGGUUGCUUCAAAAAUGUGGGACAACUUUUCCACACAUUCAUGAAGGGAGGUGUAGAUGGGGAAGUCCCCUUGGCUGCCUACAUCACUGCUGCAUACUUGGAGGCAGGGGCAACACCAGAGAGCUCGGUGGUGCGCAGGGCUCUGGGCUGCCUCGCUCCUGCCCUGCCCAAGGCUGCCAGCCCUUACACCCAGGCCCUGCUGGCCUACACCUUCGCCCUGGCUAAGGACUCCCAGCGCACACAAGAGCUCCUCCAUGUGCUUGACCAAAAGGCAAUCAGAGCAGACGGGCAGAUCCAUUGGAGUCAGACCUCAUCCAAGCCCAGAACCAGUACCAGCCCUUGGUCACAACCAGUGCCUGUGGAUGUGGAGAUGACAGCCUACGUCCUCCUGGCCCUGCUCUCCAAGCCAAAUGUCACAGAGUCCGACCUCACCAUGGCCUCUGGCAUCGUAGCCUGGCUCACCAGGCAGCAGAAUGCCUAUGGAGGCUUUGCCUCAACACAGGACACAGUGGUGGCCUUGCAGGCAUUGGCCAAGUAUGCAGCACUGACACACAGCACACAGGGGGAUGCAGAGGUGAGGGUGAGGUCCCAUGGAGGCUUUGGGAAGAAGUUCCAGGUCUCCUACCAGAACCGGCUGCUGGUGCAGGAGGCGGCACUGACAGAGGUCCCGGGCAAGUUCUUGGUGCAGGCCCACGGCAGCUGCUGUGUCUUUACUCGGAUGGUGCUGAGGUACAACACACCCUCCCCACAAGACUCCACAUCCUUUGCCUUGCAAGUGAAAACCGAGCCUCUCAAUUGCACCAAGGACAAUACACGCUCUGUUACUGUCCAUGUCAAUGUCAGGUACAAUGGGAAGAAAUCCACUUCCAACAUGGUGAUUCUGGAGGUGUCCCUACCGACUGGAUUUGCCCUGGCUCCAGGAUCUGGGAUGUCUCUGCAGCAUGGACACUCUGUGAGAAGAACUGAGAAAACACAAGGAGGUGUUGCCAUCUACUUGGACAAGCUGAGCCAUAUCUCUGACACAUAUAUCCUGCAUCUGGAGCAGGAGAUUGAGGUGACCAACCUGAAGCCAGGCCAUGUCAGGGUCUAUGACUACUACAGCCCAGAGGAGCAGGCCCUGGCUGACUAUAAUGUCUUCUGCAUCUGA